AUGCCCAAUGAAGAGCACUUUGAGCUAGGUCAUGAAGUCUGGUCUACGACUGAUAGUACUUAUGGGAAUGAUCAGGACCAUAUAGGCCAAGCCAGUCACGAGAGUCUCCAGGAUCAAUGUUUGGUAGACUCGAGGAAUAUAGUUCCUGAGCACAGCGAUGCCUCGUUGGUCCUACUUGACGACAACUCAGAUGUACCAUCAUCUCCUACUAAUUCCACCUCCUGGGUCAUAGAUAACACGCUCAGUAACCUCCUCUUUCAAAUUUUCCAAAGCCCGGGAGAAGAAAUAGCAUUUACUUAUUUCUUCAAGAGAGUUUGUACAUGUAUACCAGCUCAUGACAGCACCAAAAAUCCAUGGAGAAAUUUAGCGCUGGUGUCUCUUUCGCACCCAGUGCUCCUCCAUGGGAUACUAUCGGUUGCCACGGCUCACAUGCACAAUUGCGGCCGGAGCAACGCCGCUCUCAACGCACUACAGGAGAGCAGAGACCGUCAUAGCGACAUAGGGAAGUCGCCCGACAAGCUUCUUCUGCAGGGAGGCGUGUUCUCCAUACUCUCAGCAACCGAGAUUGCACUGGCCGCCGUCAUGAUGCAAACCUCCUCAGUACUGAUGACCGGUGCGGGCAACGUCGAGAUGCAUCUGAAAUGCGCACUUCACUUCAUCAAAGACCUGGGAUAUCUCUGCCGUCCUCCAGAUUCAAUCUUUUCGAGGACUCUCGUGAACCGGUUUGCUAUGGUCGAUGUUGUUCAUGCCCAUCUGCGUUUCCGGCGGCCGCUGGCCUCAUUUGACUUUUUCAUGUACCAGGAAAACGAGAAGCUGGAUUACGGUGACCCUGUGUUCCGGGAGAUGCAUGGAUGUGACCAGCGCGUUCUCUGCUUUCUGGCUGAGAUAGCUGUGCUCAGUGCCGAUCUACUGGAUGGCAGCACCACACAUGACCUGGUCCAGGCCAAGGCAUACACGCUAGAAACAGAGAUGCGCAUUUGGGGUCACAAGUACUACAACUCUAUGAUCCGCGGUGCCUCAAUGCCCAAAACUGCAACGCAGGCCUCAUCUUCAUCACCGUCUUCACAACCAUCCCCCAUGUCUUUAAGCGAUAUUUCUAUUCUAGACAUUGUCUGCGAGUGUUUCUACUGGACGGCCCAGUUACUUCUACUUCGAAGGCUAUUUCUUGACCCCACCAAGUCCUCACGGGUACAACUUGUGCGGAGGCAUUUAUUUCAGAUCAUGGAUAAACUCGAACCCGGUUGUGGUCCCGACUCGUCACUUCCUUUCCCUUUUUAUAUGGCUGCGCGCGAGGCCACCACUUUGGAGGAAAGAGAUUGGGUACGGCGGAAGCACGCCGCGAUGAUGGAGGUAUAUCGUGACCGGUCCAGGGAAUAUAUGAUGGAAUACACUGAGAAGAUUUGGAACAAUGCCGCAUCAGUGGGGAAUUCGAUUGCAAGUGACGAUACCCUGUCGUGGUGUACACCUCGGGAAAAAUACAUUCGAGAGCUGGAUAAACAAAGCACCUAUUUCAUGUUCUAG